UUUCCAUGUUAUUUUCUUACCUGUUUAUAGCAGUGGUGGUACUGCUGCUUCCGCUACCCAUUGUAUCAUUUCAGUGGCUGCAUGGAUCGGAUCAGAGCCAUUAAUAGAGACCAGAACACAUGCUGGCCCAGAAAGAGAAGCCGCUGAAGGAAAAGCAGGUGUGCCCUUUAAGAGGGGGAGCAGCUGAGCAAAGGACAGCAUCCCAGUCUCCAUCCUCUCUGGAGUGUUCAGAAGGAUUUUUAUUGCGUGAAAUGGCUGCAAUGAUUAGCAACGGUCGGGGGCCUGUUUGAGCAAACCUAUGAUCAACGGACCUAAUGGACAUCAAAGGCCAGUGCUGGACAGAUGAGGAGUCAGACGGGGAGAAUGAGUCCGAGCAGUUCCUCUAUGGCAUUCAGGGUAGUUGUGCUGCUGACCUAUACCGUCACCCUCAGUUAGAUGCAGAUAUUGAGGCAGUGAAAGACAUUUACACCGAGAGUGCCAUCUCUGUCAGGGAGUAUGGUACAAUUGAUGAUGUGGACAUCGACCUUCACAUUAACAUAGGAUUUUUAGACGAGGAGGUUGCAACAGCGUGGAAAGUCAUCAGAACAGAACCCAUUAUUUUAAGACUGCGUUUUUCUCUUUCACAGUACCUUGAUGGACCUGAGCCAUCAGUAGAGGUUUUUCAGCCUUCUAACAAAGACGGUUUUAGUCUUGGCUUACAACUUAAAAAAAUCCUGAGCACAUUCACUUCUCAGCAGUGGAAACAUCUUAGUAAUGAAUUUCUUAAGGCUCAACAGGAGAAGAGGCACAGCUGGUUCAAAGCUGGAGGAACCAUCAAAAAGUUCAGAGCUGGGCUAAGCAUCUUCUCCCCCAUACCUAAGUCUCCCAGUUUUCCUCUGAUCCAAGACACAGUUCUAAAAGGAAAACUUAGUGUUCCUGAGCUGAGAAUGACCCGGCUGAUGAACCGCUCUAUCUCCUGUACAAUGAAGAAUCCCAAAGGAGAGCUGUUUAGUUAUCCACCUAACACUCAGACUGUGGCUGUCCCAGCGGCCAGGGCCCCCGCGCAGAUAACCACGAGGCAGCUGAUUGAAUUGUUUUUCUCAUCCCAGGCGGGAGGGCACUGCAAGAACAUCCCUACACUGGAGUAUGGCUUCCUAGUGCAGAUAAUGAAGUACUCUGAACAAAGGAUCCCCACUCUCAACGAGUACUGUGUGGUCUGUGAUGAGCAGCACGUCUUUCAAAAUGGUUCAAUGUUAAAGCCGGCAGUGUGCACUAGGGAGUUGUGUGUGUUCUCUUUCUACACUCUGGGCGUGAUGUCAGGAGCUGCAGAGGAGGUAGCUACCGGAGCAGAGGUGGUGGACCUCCUGGUGGCCAUGUGUCGAGCUGCACUUGAGUCGCCUCGCAAGAGUAUCAUCUUUGAGCCCUAUCCAUCUGUAGUCGAUCCCAAUGACCCCAAAACCUUGGCCUUCAAUCCUAAGAAGAAGAAUUAUGAAAGGCUGCAAAAAGCAUUAGACAGUGUUAUGUCAAUUCGAGAGAUGACACAGGGCUCUUAUCUAGAAAUUAAAAAGCAGAUGGAUAAACUGGACCCCCUUGCUCAUCCCCUGCUACAAUGGAUUAUUUCAAGUAACAGGUCACAUAUUGUCAAGCUACCUCUGAGUAGGCAACUGAAAUUCAUGCACACGUCCCACCAGUUCCUGCUGCUGAGCAGCCCACCAGCCAAGGAGGCCCGUUUCCGCACUGCCAAGAAGCUUUACGGCAGCACCUUUGCUUUUCAUGGUUCUCAUAUAGAAAAUUGGCACUCUGUUCUGAGAAAUGGACUCGUCAAUGCCUCUUAUACUAAACUGCAGCUGCAUGGGGCAGCCUAUGGAAAGGGCAUCUAUCUAAGCCCCAUCUCCAGCAUAUCUUUUGGAUACUCAGGAAUGGGGAAAGGACAACACCGUAUGCCCACCAAAGAUGAGCUAGUGCAGCGAUACAACCGAAUGAACACCAUACCACAGAGUCGUCCAAUACAAUCAAGAUUUCUGCAAAGUAGAAAUCUAAAUUGCAUUGCCCUGUGUGAAGUAAUCACAUCUAAAGACCUACAGAAACAUGGAAAUAUCUGGGUGUGUCCAGUCUCUGACCAUGUGUGCACUCGGUUCUUUUUUGUGUAUGAGGAUGGACAGGUGGGAGAUGCCAAUAUCAACACCCAAGAGCCUAAGGUGCAGAAGGAGAUUAUGCGUGUGAUUGGGACUCAGAUCUACUCCAGCUAAUAAACACAAGUUGGAUCGUAGGUUGGCUUGGUUGAGAGGCACAGACAGGCAAAGUGGCUCAUUCUUCACUAUUCCAUAUGGUAGAUUUAUUUCAACAUCUGAUAAUGUCUAUACAUACUCACUGAAUAUUUAACAACAAAAUUACAAGAAUGCAGAAAACACCAAAAUAUCAAAUCUUGUAUUGUAGUGUUAUUUUUCUGAAUAAGAAUGACAAUUUACAUAUCUUUUAUACUGCAUAACACUACUUUUACUUGUUAUCUGCUAGGUUUCUCAACAAAUUUUGAUCAAUCAACUCAAUCAUUCUUAUAAUAUUUUGAUAAUGUACAACGUAAUAUUAUUCAUUUUCAACCAGUCAAUAUAAUUGAAGCUGUUUCCUAUUUUCAACUGACUGUUAGUUUAUGCACUACAUUCCCAAUGAAUUCGCACCUUACAAGAUGUACAUAAUGUUAAGUCUAUCUGCAGAGAGGUUAAGGUCUAAGUGAGCCCCCAUUGGUCCUGUACUGACCUGCAUAUUACCGAGGGAAAUUUACUGCUCCUCUGUUUUCACCUUGGAGAAUGACGACCUUGUAUAGCUAAUCAUGCUCAUCAGUUAGUCAUGUACUUUAUGUAUGUACGUGUGGGUUUGUAUUCUCUCAACAUUAUACUAGACAUUGCACUUAUUCUGCAUAUGCCUGAAUUGGGAUAAUGGACUUUCCUUGGAUAUGCAGUAAAUUAGAAGGCAAGAAAGUGCUGUGAAACAUCUUGACUGAUGUGAGCUGGAAUCAACUUCUGGGACAAUUUGACUGAUGAAUGGACUGUGGAGCACUCAAAGACAGUGAUUUGUAUAUAAAGACAUUGGAGACCAUUAUGAAAUGUAUUGCUCAGAAAAGGUGCACAUGUACAGACGACUCAUUGUUGUGAGAGCCAACGCCAGAACUGAAAGCUGCAAGUGUCUUUGAGAAUCUUUUCCUUUUGCUGACUGUCUCUGGCGAGUAGCGUUUUCAAAGAUGAUGUUGACGAUAAUGAUUGCAAUUAUAAUGAUGAUGAAGAUGAAAGGAGCUGAUGUUGAGGGAAAAAAAAGAAUAAAGCUUGAUUUUGCACAGUUUUACAC